AUGAAAGCAACAGGCCUAUCGACAUGGAUGGGCUCUUGGCGGGAAGGAACUGGCACUAUCUCAACUACAACAGCCACAUUCAAGGAGGUUGCCUUCAGCUUUUCCAGCCGGUUUCAAGGGACACCAGGCGGCAGCCCCGAAGAGCUCCUCGCCGUCGCCCUCGCUGGUUGUUUUAACCAAGCGCUUGCAAACAACUUCGGCAUGAUCGGUUUGGAGGCGGACACCAUCGAGACUUCGGUUGCUAUUGAAUUGGGGUUUGGGUUAGACAAAUUCCCGAAUAUCUUCAACAUCAUCAUCGUCUGUGAGGCACGGAUAGUUGGAAUUUCUAAAGAAGAUUUUGAAGGCUGCGCAGAACGAGCAAGAACUAGGUGUACUAUUGCGAGGCUGCUCAAGAUAGACCCACAUCUGACUGCAACACUUGUUGUUUAG